AUGGUUCCUGUUCUGGCCACAGCUCUCCUGGCUGCAUGGGUGCCGCCAGCCGCUGCUCUGCUUUCCCCAGCUGACCAAGAUACAUCACGCAGCGACGCGCAGCUCCCUGUGGUGGUGGUCUCUGCUCCGUCGCUGCGUGGCCAGGCGAUGGUAAUUGAUGCUCCCAGCGCACCCAAUGCUCCUGUCUUCUUGGACAGUGCCAUUUUCGAGCGGCUGGAGCACUUCAAGGAUGUGGGUGUGCCCGCAACGCUGCAGGACCCCAUUGGGCGUGCAACAAUCGCAGACGGUACUUGCCGUGCCGUGGUAUCACCAGGAUCUGGUCCUUUUCCACUGGAUGGCUAUGAUUACUGGCACCACAACCCCGAACGAGUCGAUGCCGUCCUGAAGGCGCUUACGCAAUUGCCCUCCACAUCGCAGCCAUCAAAGUUUGUGGGGACAGCCAAGAAGGAGUUGCCAAAUGCUUGCUUCUACGGCAACCGGACGGAGACCAACUCGCUCGAGCUUUACAAGCCAGAUGCAUUGGCCAAAACCCUCUUCAAUUGGCACCGGGCCAUCUGCGACCUUGAGUGGGAUGAUCCUGCGGAAGAGCCUCAGCAACAGGCCCUCACCACUGGAUUCAUCUGCAUGGCUACCUGCGACACCGCAAAGAUGAAGCUCACAGCUGCAGCCAUCAGUGCUUUCUCGGCCAGCAUGGCAGCUGCGCAGACUGUAACUAAGAACAUGUGCGCAGCCAUGCCUUGGACCAAGAAGGGCCCACUGACACCACUGGAUGGCCUGAAGUCGUACGACGAAAUUGCCAAGGCAACUCUGCCGUGGCGUCAGGUCUGCAGUUGUACAGCCUAA